GGCCCAAAGCUCAGUCGGGAGUGCUCAGUCCACUCCAUUGCUCCCGCCGUCGUGUCUGUCCGCACGCCGCCUCCAGAGUCCAGAGCCAUGGCGUUCGCCGCGCGGAGAAGCCUCGCCUCCCGCUUCUCCCACCACCUCACCCGUCGCCUCCACCCCUCCGUACCCCAUCUCCUCUCCUCCCGCUCCAACGACGACGAUCGCCCAAGCCCCUCGAAACCACCGCAACUCCCGCCAUUUCGCUCCCCUCUCCCGCCCGCUUCCAGAGCGGCCCAAACCCUAAACCACCUCCUCCCCUUCUCCCUCCACCACUCUAGUCUACCCCGACGCAACUUCUCCUCCUCCGCCCCCGCGCCCGCCUCCGCCCCCGCCCCAACCGGCGAGGCUGAUGCUGCUGCGGGCGUCCUCGCCGACGCCGCGGAAGCGGCCGCUGCAACGGUGCCGGCGCCGUUCCCGGGGGAAGUGGCCGCCGCCGCCGCCGAUUCCUUCUUCCCCGUCGCAGCGCUGCAGCACCUCAUCGAUACCAUCCAUACCUUCACCGGGCUGAACUGGUGGGCUUGUAUUGCACUGACGACGGUGCUGAUUCGGAGUGCCACGAUCCCGUUGCUGGUGAACCAGCUCAAGUCCACGCAUAAGCUAAAUGCAAUAAAGCCAGAGAUGGAAGCCAUUAAGGACGAAAUGAAUAGUAUGGAUCAAAAAUCAGCAAUGGAGGGGAGAAAGAAAAUAAAAGCACUCUUCAAAAAGCAUGGUGUUAGUCCAUUUAGUCCACUAAAAGGACUCCUUAUCCAAGGGCCAAUGUUCAUGAGCUUUUACUUUGCUAUAAAUAACAUGGUUGAGAAAGUCCCUUCAUUGAAAGGAGGUGGAGCAUUCUGGUUUACCGAUCUGACAACCCCGGAUCCUCUUUACAUCCUUCCUGUGUUAACAGGAUUGACAUUCUUAGCUACAGUAGAGAUUAACUUGCAAGAAGGAAUGGAAACCAAUCCUAUGGCUGGUAAAAUGAAGAUGUUUUCUAGAGGAAUGGCUGUUAUGACAGUCCCAUUCACAAUGAAUUUUGCCAAGGGAAUUUUCUGUUACUGGAUCACGUCAAACUUAUUCACCCUUGUAUAUGGUAUUGUUAUCCGGAGACCCACGGUGAGGAAGUUGUUUAAUCUUCAUGCUUUGGUUGCUCCGUCUGCACCCGGACAGAAGUCAGCUUUCAGUUUUUUUGGUGGAUCCAAGGCAAUACCUUCAGCAGAUUCACCUUUAGCAAUCAUGUCAGCCAAGCAAUCUUUGGAGAAACCUGAUGCUGCUGCUCUUGGCUAUCGGGUCAAAAAUCUUGAUAAGAAAGUGAAAUCUCGAGGCAAAUCUCGAAAACGCAGGUAAAAUGUGGGCACGUCAGGGCUUAAAUGAGAAGUAUGCCCUUUGACCUUGUGGUCCGUUGAGAUUUGAUUUAUCCUGACUUGGUCUUGAGCAAAUUUUGCAUACGGAAGUUGUCAUUGUUUCUUCAUCACAUGUGGCUGCUGUUGCCUUUCUUGAUUGAAUAAGACAGGUUUUUUAUAACAGAAUAGCUUAUACACA